AGUGUAAAUACUUAUAACAUUUAAGAAUUCUUUAGCUAAGAAAUCUACAUCUAAUUGCUGGAUCUAAUGAAGCGACAUGGAGCAACUUCAACAUUAUAUUUGGGUCCAACGAUUACAACUAAUGCUUAAAAGAAACUAAAAUCCCUUUGUUUUGAACACAGAACAGAAAUAUUUUAUCCAGGAUGUGAAAUUAUCAUUAAUGAUUUCAUUUAAGAUUGAGACGUCAAACGAAAACGAAUAAUUUCUAAGAAGUUAAAGAGAAAAACGACUAAAAUGGAUGGAUUUAGUUAUUCUGCUUCUACAAAAUACUAUAUCAAGAAUGACAAGUAUUACACAGAGGACCGCAUUCCUGUUCAGGAGUUGUAUCUGUACAACAUUCCAGCAGAGUUAAGUGAGGAUGAGAUACUUAGGCAUUUCAAGAGUUACGGCAAUGUGGUACGACUUCAGCUCUUUGACACAUGCGGAAAUCCGGAAUCCUCGGAACGAAAAGAAAGAUCGGAUAAAGAAGUGAAGCAGGAUAUGAAAACUGGUAGGAUUUUAUUUGCCAAUGCACUUGAUGCAGCCAAAGCCUUACAUCUUGAAGUUCACCUGGUGAAUGGACAUCAAUUUGGAGCCAAGCCCAGCGACAGUUGGCUUCAACCAGAUGCUUAUGGGUCUUCAGAGUCAGAGCAGUCGUAUAUUACGAAGAUUCCUAGUAAUCUAACUUCAAUCGAAACUUUACGUUUCGACAUCGAUAACGAAACCAAUUAUGAGAGGAUAGCCGAUCUGCCUAAUCUUAAGAUAGUUCAGAUUAGAUGCAUAGCCUCGGUUGACAUAUUUGGCAAAUUCCUCGAUCAGCUGGUUGCUUUGAAGUCAAAGAAACUGGAACAAUUACACAUUCACAAUGCUGGCGGGUUAACAAAUCAGAUGCUCAUGCAAAUUGGAAAGCUGAGCGUAUUGCAGAAACUAAUCAUAUGGCUUGCGGGUGCCAUUAGUAAUGAUAUUCUGGAGGAGUUCACCAACUUAAAAAAACUUGAGUAUAUUUGUCUAGUGGAUUGCCAAAAUAUAAGCGACUCUGGCGUAUUGCAGCUGAUACUUGGGUGUCCAAAAUUGAGAGAAUUAAAGUUGAUGUAUUGCUCAAGGAUAACGGAAAAGCUAGUGCACGACAUAAUCAACAAUUUUGAACGCCAGAUUAUCAAUAAGGAGAACGAGCGUCACCUACCCAUCCAUCUUUACGUGGGGGGCACAAAGAUCAGAGAGUCAAUCAAUACUCAACUCGAUUCAACUUCGAAUAAUAUAAUAAAGAUUUGUUUUGUCACUUAAUAUAUAACUGUUUUAACAGGCAGUUUAGAUUUUAAUCAAGAAGAAAGUAAUGUGUAAAAUGCAUGACACAAAUAUUAGA